CUUAUAUAGUGACUAAAUAAAGUAUCUAAUAAGGUUAACCAGAGUUUAUGGUGUGCUAUAACAGAAGCAAAAUUUUUGGAGCUCACUCAGGAUGGAAAUAAGAGACUCUGGCAGAGAAUUGCUAAGGAAAUGAACAAUUUUGUGAAAAAUGAUCCCAGAUAUAGCCUCAUAGAUUCUUUUGAUGAGUUUCAGUGUCGGUAUAAAUAUCAAAGAUUGAUUUUUUAAGGAGGAGCGAGAGUCAGGAAAAUUUCUGGAAAAGGGAGGAAAAAGAUCAAAGAUUAAAAGAAAAAGGUUGAUAAUACAUUCUCCUCUUAACAAACCUUUAAAUUUACUGGAGAGUUAUCCAUCUCAGAUAAAGAAGAGCAGGAGUAUCAGCACAGAGUUAAACAGCUCAAAGUGUCUGUUCCCUAAUCUAAAUGAUUGCUCCAGGGCUUGAGAAGAUAGUCAAAUUACUUCAGGGUAAACAACAAAUUUAUUUCUUUACAGAGAAUGAUCAUGAACAAUAUGAAUAUUUUUGGCCUCCUUUUUAGCUAAUCGAAGCAAUAUCUUUGAUUAAGAGAAAUAUCUUAGUCCUUGAUCAAGGAUAUGCUUGCGAUCAGCAAGAUUAAUAACGAGAUAGUCUUUUAUCUCCUUGUUUAAGAGAAUAUUUAGUAGUGGGUCAUAAGAUGAUGAGCUUAGCUCUUAAAUAAAAAGCAGUUGAAUGGUAAGAUCAUUGUAUAUUUCAUCCAUCUGCCUAUAUUUAACAUCUAAUUUCUCCACAACAUUGCUAAAACAUCUCACCU